GAUGAUAUUAAUUUUAUGAUAAAUUUAUUAUGACAUUGGAUUUCAUUGAGUGUAUUAAGAAGUGAUAAAUUUCAACAGAAGAUAUGAAUUCUUGUUCAUUAAUAAAAACUGAUCAGUUAUGUCAAAAUACCAAGAAUACAAAAAAACAAUUAGCAUUAUAUCUUCCUAAAAAUACUUAUAAUCGUUUUAUUGAGUAUGCAACUGAAACAGAAAGAUUAGCAAUCGAAGCAGAAAAUAAAGCUAAAAAGUUACAAGAUUUGAAAAAAAUUUCUUAUGAAUUAAUAAAAGAUUGGGAUAAUACUGUGGUGAAUAUAAAAAAGAGAAGAAGAAAUGAAUUAUUAUUAAGAAGAAAAAAAGCUGAAGAAGAAAAAAUAAAAUUGAUAAAAAAAUUAACAGAAGAAAAUGCAGCGGAACGUGCUGUAAUUGUUAAAGAAGCUCGUAAGCUUUUAAUGUAUAGAAAACCACAAUGCAGACUAAUUAAUUCUGCUCUUUUUGCUUCGGAAUGUUUCAGAGAACUGAAUGCUCAAUUGGAGUUCAAUAAAAUGCUAAAAGAAAUGGAAAAAGAAGAGAAAAAUAAAUGGAUAGAAAAAAUUAAAGAAGAAGCAGAACAUAAUCGUCAAAAAGAGCAGAAAGAAAUUCAAGAUCGAUGGAAAAAAAUGAUAAAAUAUCGUGAUGACUUAACUAAACAGAUUAGCCAAUGUGGAUCUUACAGUAAACAAAUAGAAUUACAAGAACGAGCAGUAGAUAAAGAAAAUUUACACAAUUUAAUCGAAGAACUGAAUCUUCUCGAAAAACGUAAUACUGAAGAGCUCAUAAAGAAAAGAAAAGAAUUACAAGCAAUGUUUGUAGAAUCAUUAGAAAGUAAGAAACGUCAUCAAGAAGAAAUAAAGAAAGAAGAAGAACACGAAAAUUAUUCCAUAGAGGCUUAUAGAAAAGCUAAGGAACAUCUAACUGAACUCACUCAAAAAAAGUGGAAGGAAAUGCAAGAUCAAAAACUAAAACGAUCAGAAUUAAUGGCUCAAAGAUGUGCUGCCAUUUGCAAAUAUGAUGAAACUGAUGAAAAAAAUCGUCUAGAAAAAGCUAUCAAUGAGAACGAAAAGAAAGAAUUAGAGAAAGCAAAAGCAAAGAAAGAUCAUGAAGAGAAAAUGCGAGCAGAACUUUUGAGGUAUCAAGCAGAAUAUGAGAAACAGAAAGAAAAGAAUAAACGAGAAGAAAAAAAUAGACUUGCUUGGGAAACAUUUCAAAGGAUUAAAAGAGAUGAAUUUAAUAUACAGAUGAAAUUGGAAGAAACAGAACGAGAAUGGAAGAAAAAAAUGGAUAUGGCUAAUGAACUAAAGAAACAAGUGGAUGAACGUAGGAAAGAACGUGAAGAAGAGCGAACACGAAAUGACGAUUCAAUUUAUAAUCAAGUUCUGUUGCAAAAAAUGAAUGAACAGAUUCUUGCUUAUGGUCAAGAAGUUUUCAAUGAGUCGAAAGGAGUUAGACCCUUAUUUCCCAUUAUAAAGACUAUUCAAAAUUUCAAAAAAGAAAAUCGAUUGCUUCCGCCUGCGAAAAUUCCUGAACCAAUUCCUCCGAAAAAAGAAGUCAGAAUGAAGAAAAAAAUUAUUUGUCCAAAACUACCCAAUGAGCAAAUUUUUUAUUUAGGAUAA